UCUUCCCCUCACCACUUCCCCUUCUUCCUUAAUUCCAUUCAUUUAUAUUAAGAAACAGAGAUGGGUGUCUCAAAUUCCAAGAAAAUUUUGAUUCUUUUCCAAUUAAUUCUCCAAUUAACAUUCAUUCAUUCAGCCAUAACUCCACAAAGUAGCACAGAGUUCAUAAAAAGCUCAUGCAGUUCCACCACAUACCCUCGUCUCUGUUUUUCCUCUCUUUCAGUCCACGCUAAUGCCAUCCAAACGAGCCCUCGCCUUUUAGCCACCGCCGCCCUCUCCGUCUCCCUCUCCUCCGUCAAGUCCGCCGCCACUCAAAUCCUCAAGCUUUCCCACGCCCACGGCCUCCCCUCCAGAGAUGUCUCUGCUCUGAACGACUGUUUGGAAGAAUUGAGUGAUUCUGUCGACUCCCUUGCCGCCUCCAUUUCCGAGAUGCCGAAGCUCCGUGGCCACGAUUUCGAUCUUGUUAUGAGCAAUGUUCAGACUUGGGUCAGCGCCGCCCUCACCGAUGAGACCACUUGUAGCGAAGGGUUUCAGGGGAAGGUGGUGAACGGCGGCGUUAAGGCUACGGUUAGGACUAGGAUUGUCAACAUUGCACAGUUGACUAGUAAUGCUCUCUCUUUGAUCAACCGGAUUGCCGAUCUUUAUUAGCUGCAUUCCAACUGCACCCAUUUUAUUGAGAAAAACAAACUAAAAGUUGAGAUGGGUUUGUGUGUACUAUAGUCCGAUGUGAGAUAUGAAAGUUGCAAUUGUAAGUAUGAUAUUUAGUUAGAGGGUGGAGUUUUUGUCAUAGUAUUGUAUACUUAGUAAUAGGUUUAAUUGGGGUUUAUGUGUGGAGAUUGGAGUUAUUGUUGCAUUAUUAAGAGCAUGUAUUAUUGGAUUUUGAAUUUAUUGAAGUUAAUUAGGGUUUGUGUGGAGAUGAUUUGUAGCAGAAUCUAAAAACCUGCAUACACAUCGAUGAGUAGGAAUGAACCAAGUUUAAACAGAUUGGAGUCUGUUUAACAUUGCCGUAAUAGAUUUUCAAGUAAUUUAUGUUGUGAAAUAAAAUCAAAGUGAUUAAA